CGUCGGGCCAGAUGACGACCACGACGAAGUGGUUUGAAUAUAUGGUGCUGUCAAAAGCUUCAAACCCAGGUUAGGGAGCUUUUCACAUGCUAGUCACUCUGGUCAGCUGGGUGUUUUAAACUUCGAGGACUGUUUUGCAUACAGCUUCUUAGGGAAAGCAGAUUUCUGGCAUGUUCUGGCUUUCCAUCUCGCAGCAGCUUCUCCGCCAAAAAGCCGUGCAUGCCGUGGAUGGGUCAUACCAGCCACAGUUGUCCACGCCAUGGGCAUCGCGGAUAUCCAGGUGACGAGGAAACCCGAAGCUCCCAGUGAUGAUCCCCUCCCCGAUGCUCUGGAAGUGGACUGCCCAAGCGACCGCAAAAGGUCCAAGCGACAGCAAAAGGUGCAGCGUGCGCGCGAACAGCUGCAGCAGUUUCUCCAAAUUCACGGCUUUUCCCACGUGAACGAGCCAAGGAGAACUUUCGGGUUUAGCCUUCGUAGAGAGGAGCUUUAUCCAAUCCAUGUGGCAGCGAAGCUAGGGGACGACCAGAUGAUUCGCUUGCUGCUUUCAGCUGGUGCAAGUUUGGAGCAACAAACUUCCAAUGGCCGCAUUGCAUUGGACUUUGCUGCUGAUGCCGACCGAUUUGGCUCUCAUCGAGAUGUGCUGGGACUGCUGAGAAGUGAAGUGAAGGUGCUCACAGUCCGCAACUUCAUUUGGAGCAGGGAAGGCAUGUGAUGCAGGUUGGUCAUUGCAGGCUACACGGCGGCGCAAGUGUUUAAUGUUUUGUGGAUGGCUGCUGCUUGUGUGCUUCGAAUUCUUUAGUUUUAGGUGCAGAAAUCUCCGCUACUCUGCCAUAUCGGUUCUAAGCUUUUGGACAGAGAGGUGGAGCAAAUGUGUGCCUUUGAUCCUUUCCUCGUUGAAAGCCCGGCUUAAAUAGCUGCUGGGCAAUGCAACAAAAGGCAGGGGCUUGUCAUUCCCGCCGUCAUUUUCGCAUUGGCUCUGCGUCUGAUGAUUCAGAUGCGGGGAAGGCUCAUGACUUUUCGCACGCUCAACCGUGCUCAUUGGGUCGAGUCCAGCUGCACCUCUCAGCACAGCAAAA